AUGGAUACGAAAACAUAUCUUAUUUUAUCUUGGCUUCUUAUACUGUUACAAUCGUCGAAUGGUUAUGAUUAUGAUCCAGACAAAUAUUCUGUCGGAUUGUUUGCGGCGUCUGCUCUGAACAAGAAUGGCGUCAGAGAAUCGUGCAUGGGCACUUGUUACGGGACAGGGAAGAAUACGUGCCGGUUGGGAACCAAGAAGAAGGAUGACGGCCGCGAUUGCAGUCCAACUGACAACUUCUUGGUACGACAUUACACGAAGUACUUCCUCGGUCAAACGAAAUUAUGUAUAAGUGAUUGCGACAAUUUCGGAUACCGAUACACGUGGUGUGUCACAGAAAACCAUUGGCGGAAGUGCAUUAAGGAUAUACCGCGAAAUGUGACGAGGAAAGUUCCCGCUUCAACCAAAUACGAAUACUAUCAUUGUUUAGAUGGGUGCCCGUACAAUGGACAAUGUGACAUUUAUCCUAAAUCGAAAGAAAAUUGUGACGCAUCUAAACUAGUAUAUGUAUCCGACAAUCCUACUGACGACGGUACACGAUGCGCGACGCGAUGUGGUAUUUGGUCAACAAACAAAUACAGAUGCUAUGAUACCAGGAAAAAGUGGGUUAAAUGUUAUCCCUCACCAGACGGGACGAAGAUUGUUAGAAGUUUCCAUCAGUACGCUAAAAAAUCCAAGCAGCAAUUCGACGAAAGUGGGCGAUUGGUACAAGCGGAGUAUAGAAGGCCAGGUGACAGUAAUUUCAUCGAUGUAAACGAUAAUGAUAUUCUCAAAAUGGAAUCAAUUUUCAGUGGUCAUAAUGUUGUUGAAGAAAUGGCUAGGAAGCUGGAAGCUAUGUUCACUACAGAAACAUUGCAACAGCAGCAACGCGAAGAGCCGAUACUACAGUACACUGUUCGGAUCGUUCCCACUGCAUUCGAUCAACCUCAGAUCAUUUUGCCAAUGGUCGUUAGGGCGAGGUAUAGUACUUACACACGUCCCAAAGCAAAAUCAUCAUUAUCGCCUACGGAUUAUACUGUCGUCAACUACAGGAAUCAGAAUCCUCGAGCAGGGUUAGAUGAUCAAGGUUAUAUUGUUCCACGAGCUUUGGGUGGUACUGAGGAACCUCACAACGUCAUCCCGGUAUGGGUUGGGCUGAAACAAGGUGGGCCGUGGGAAAGUUUGGAGUUCAUUAUAAGGAAUUACAUUGAUACACAUCCAAACGGGGGCAUUCUCGGCACACUAACUAUUGGAAUUGGAUCUCGCGUGAUGUUACGCCGCAACAUCAAUGUAAACCACGGUCUGGUGAACGGUGCUAUGGGUAUCAUAAGAAGAAUUGAGUGGCCUUCUCUUCGCAGAGAGCAGUUAGAACCAGGUGAGUUACCGCAGGCAGUAUUCGUAGAGUUCGACGAUCGUUCUGUUAAGGGCAAUGAAUUGGGUGUGGGGGUUCGCAUAGAGCCCUCCACUGUCGACUUUGAUGCGCUUCGCGGACAAGGGAAGAUUGAACGUCGGAUGCUGCCUUUGAUACUUUGUUGGGCUGUAACGGUACACAAACUGCAAGCUAAUGUUGUGUACAAUACAAUAAUAAAGAUGACGCACAAUGUUCCUAAGACACUGCCUUCGCUAAGCACUAACAUCACACAACCGUCGCCAGCAGCAAUAUCCACUGAACAAUACAGCAAACUCACUGAUGACCCAUUCAAGACAAAGUUAAAACGAUUCAUAUACAACAAGCAAACAGGACAAAUUCUUGGAAGAACCUGCAAGAGCUGGGUCUGCAUCAUCGCAUAUUCCAUCAUGUACCUGCUAUUCCUCAUGACCUUUACACUAGUAAUCCUCUAUAUUUCUUUAGAAAUACUCAAAUAUUUAAUUGACUUCAAAAAUAUUGACAAAGUUUCAGCACUCGAUUCGUCAUUCUCAUAUCCAAUUGUUGGGCUGACAGCAGCUCCAUUAUCCGACCACAAUUCACCAUUGAUCUGGUACAAAAAUGGAGAAAAGGAUGACUACAAGAAGUAUGUUGACGCACUUGACAAGCUACUCUCAAAAAACAGAAGAAAGAGAGAAAUAGGUAAUUUGGGACCAUGUGGAGAAUCUCCUUACGGGUAUGGAGAAGAGCCAUGUGUUAUUAUAAGAAUAAAUAAGCGUUUGAACUGGGCUGCUCAUCCUCUGCAAUUCAAUUCUACGAUUGCUAAGAGUGUACCGGCAGACGUCCAAACUUGGAUGAAGGCAGACAGGACGAAGUUGUGGUUGCGAUGUGAAGGCUACCACUCUUAUGACAAGGAACAUAUUGGGAAGAUAAAGUACUACCCGGAUCCCCCUGGCAUUGAUGCAAACGUUUUUCCUCUACGCAAAGAUGAGAAAUCCCCUUUGGUCGCUAUCCAAAUAUCCAAGUUCACGAUUGGUAUCUCGUUGGCAAUACAAUGUGCGUUGUGGUACGACGCUGGUCCUUCCACGAUUGGAUUUGUACUUUACGUCGCUCCAGGAGAAAGGAUAUUAUAUAGUGUAAAAGGAUAA